AUGGUUCCCCCACAGCCGGCCGCUCACAGGCCCCAUGUCUGCCUGACGGCAGUCCUCAUCAUGACCAGUCUGGCGCUGAUGGACACUUACCUGGUGGAGCAGAACCCAGGUCCCAGGAGGAUCGUCGUGUGCGUCACUGUGCUGGCGGGUGAUGCGUGUUUCCUCAUUGUGCUUCGAUACGUCGCCGUCUGGGCGGGGUCGGAGGUACAUACGGCCAGGAGAGGCUACGCCAUGAUCCUCUGGUUCUUCUACAUCUUCAUCCUGGAGAUCAAGGUCUACUUUGUCUAUCAGUACUACAAGUCUCAGGACGUAAGUGUGGAUGUAGAAGUGACGGACCCGGGUUUGUCCAGGAGAGCGCUCACGCUGCUGCUGUCCGUCUGCAUGCCCAUCGUGUUCAUAACGCUGGCAGCCAUCGAUCAUCUGGAAUACUUACGGCUGUACAAGAAGAGAGAGGAGAUAAGGAGUCGUCUGUUCUGGGUGGUGCUGGACCUGCUGGAUGUUGUAGACAUCCAGGCCAACCUGUGGGAGCUUCAGAGGGAGGGGCUGCCCCUGUGGGUGGAGGGACUGAUGUUCUUCUACUGCUACAUCCUCCUCCUGGUGCUGCCCUGCGUCUCCCUGAGCGAGAUCAGCAUGCAGGGUGUGAACAUCGUCCCCCACAAGAUGAUGCUCUACCCCAUCCUCAGUCUCGCCACCAUCAACAUCAUCACCCUCUUCAUUCGGGGGGGGAACCUGCUGAUUUACGGCGACAUCCGAGUGUCGACGAUCAUGAUGGGGAAGAACGUGAUCGCCAUCGUUGUGAAGAGCUGCAGUCUGGUGGAGUACCGGAAACACCGAGCGGCCUCUCCUCCUGCAGAGAGAGGAGCCAAGCUGCAGAGGAACAUUCAGGUCUGUAACACCCUGCACCCCAUGGUGCUGCCCAGGGUCGUGAUCGAGGACCUGACCACCAUCCCAGAGGAGGACGGGACCGAUGACGGGACCGAUGACGGGACCGAUGACGGGACCGAACAAACCUGA